AUGGCAACACCAUCAGCAAAUACAGCGGACAAGAACGUCCUCGAAUGUGUCUGGGCUAGCAAACCUACCUAUACACGUCGGACCAUUCCUGAACUAGACCUUUUACCUGAGGAACAAGAGCAGAACGGUUUAGAGGACGCCACAGAGGAUGUAGGAGAUGAUAAAGAUGCGGAAGAACGCGAGACGGUGUUUUACGAGGCGUUUAGAAUGAAGCGCAAGGCGACGGCGUUCAGAGGGUCAAAACGGAUGUUGGCUGGCAAAACCGAGCUACAUACGUAUCGUUUGGGCGACACGGUUAUGGUGGAAACCGAUACUCUGUAUAUCAUGAAGAAACCACCAAGCGUCGGUGUUAUUGUUGCCAUGUGGGAGACGAGAGCGAACGAUGGGGAGCAGCAGCAAACCGACUCGAGUUCUAUGAGGAUUCGCGUCCACUGGUUUUUGAGACCGAAGGAAAUGGCCAGUAUUAGGGCAAAACGGGAACACGAAGAGAAUGAAAUCUACUACUCGCUGGCAACAAGAGUGGUCGUUACCCCAGCCGUCAUCUUGACUCGUUGCCUUGUGUCCGCCGAGCUCCACCCGACGGGCAAGAAAUCAGAACCCAAGAGGACAGCAGGCUGGGACUUGGUCCCAGUUACACCCAGCAAACGCCGACCCAGCUCGCCUCUCAAGAGGUCGACGCGGUUUUCCACCCCCAGCGAAGAUGACUCUGAAGAAGAUUCCGAGAAGCAGGUUGACGAAACUUCUUUCGUCAACGACCCCGACAAGAUGUUCUAUUGCCGACUGGCUGUGGACUCGCGACGCGGAAUCUUCUACGACUUCAAUUGGGAGAAACAUCACAGAGACGCGUUGGCGCGGUCGAAGCCACCUACUGAAGACUCUACCCAAGGUCCAAGCAAGGAGCCCUCGCGUCCGUGGGGGGAGGGCAGCUCGUGGGAUGUCGUCGAACAGAAGAAACCUAAACGACCAACAACUACAAAGGCAGCAAAGGCACGAGAUAGACCAGACGAGGAGAUUUCUGAAUCGGAGGCAGACGACUCGUCCGAUUUCGAAGAAGACGGUUCUCGAGCAGAGUCAGACGAGGAGAUGGAAACCGACGAAGAAAACGAGGAUUCGCAAGGUGCUGCCACCGAUGAGGAAGAUAUGGACACCAUAGACAGUCUCCGGACACCCUCCAAGAAACGUGGGCAGCGUGCCGACGCGACGACGCCGAGAAAGAACAAGAGAUCCCGGACACUCGCCCACCCAACACCGCAUUCCAAGGCGGCUCUGAAACGUCGGUGGAAGAAGACAAUGGACCUCAGCUCUUCGCCGCGCAAGCGGAGGGCGACAUUCGCCAUUCGUUUCCCGGAGCAGUCCCUGACUUUUCAGGCAAGCAUGGCUCAUCUGCCGAAAGACCCGUGGCUCCGUUCGAUGCAUGCUCUGCACGUAGGAAGCAGGCCUGACGCACUGCCCUGUCGCGAGGACGAGUAUGAACGUGUGCUGAGAUGUGUUGGGGAACUUCUAGAAGAAGGUAGUGGUGGUUGUAUUUAUAUUUCCGGCGUUCCGGGAACAGGGAAGACAGCCACGGUUCAUACCAUCGUCCGAGAACUGAAGAGGAUGGCGCAGAAUAGUGAAAUCAAUCCGUUUACAUACGUUGAAAUCAACGGCUUGAAGAUCCCAGAACCGUCUGCUGCAUACAGCCUUCUCUGGGAAGGCAUCUCCGGCCAUGACGUGGCAAAGGAAGGACACCUCCGUGUUGGAGCGAAGGAGAGCCUGAAAGCGCUUACGCGGCAUUUUACCACUGGCAAUCGCGGUCCAGAAGGGCAUGCAUGUGUCGUUCUCAUGGACGAACUUGAUCAGCUGGUUACGCCGAAGCAGGAUGUCGUGUAUAAUUUCUUCAACUGGCCGACCUUGGUGGGCAGCAAACUCGUAGUUAUUGCUGUUGCGAACACGAUGGACCUUCCGGAGCGUGUUAUGACUGGUCGCGUGAGAAGUCGACUAGGGAUGAUUCGCAUCAACUUCCAACCCUACACGCGAGAGCAGCUGGAGAAGAUCGUCGAAGCAAGGUUGGCGAGUGCGAAAGAGGGGCUCGAGGAUGAAGAAGGCGCGAGCCAAGUCAUCAUUGCUCCUGACGCCAUCAAGUUCGCCUCUAUGACCGUUAGUCGGAUAACGGGCGACGCUCGGCGGGUAUUGGAUAUCUGCAGACGUGCUGUCGAACUCGUGCAACCAACCAAAGGAACCGUAAAAGCGCCCCACGUCAGAGAGGUUGUCAACAUGAUGCAGAAUAGCCCUACAGCUGCCUAUCUGCGCGAUCUGAGCUUCCACGAGCGGCUGAUGCUCACUUCUUUGAUCAAGUGUGUCAAGCGUGAGGGCGUUGAGGAGAUCAAAUGGAGUGAGGUCGAGUAUCAACAUUUGACCUACGUGGACGUACUCACUUCGGAAGACGACCCAAAAAGAAAGCCAACGCCGUAUGAGUUGAUGAUUGUACUUGACUCUCUCGUGGCCUCGAGAGCUGUGGUCGUCGAGGAUGGAGCAGCUGUGGCAAGGAAGCCUCCCGGCGAAAGGAGGCUGCUUCUCAACCUCGAGCAGGGUGAAGUAGAGAGAGUAUUGGGCGACGUGGGUGGACAGAGAUGGAAGGCGGUUCUGAGCAAUUAA